CAGCGCCCUGCCCGUCCACCCGCCGCCCCGCUCUUUGUCUCGGCGGAGCCGCAGCUCCACGCCAAGCCGCGCCAAGCCGGGGGCAGGGGGGACUCCCCUCCCCGGCCCGGCCCGGCCCGGCCCGGCCCCGAGCAGGGAGAAGAUUUCUGCAGCUUCUCUUUGAAAUGGUGGGGCGAGGAAAUGGCCGUCGAGGGAUGAAGUCUCCACCUCUUCUGGUAGCUGCGCUUGUGGCUUGUGCGGUUGUUUUGGGUUUCAAUUAUUGGAUUGCAAGUUCUCGCAGCAUUGACUUACAGAAUCGGAUUAUGGAACUGGAGGGGCGAGUCCGUAGGGCAGCUGCAGAGAGGGGAGCUGUUGAACUCAAAAAGAAUGAAUUCCAAGGAGAACUUGAGAAGCAGCGGGAGCAGAUCGAUAAAAUCCAGUCCUUGCACAAUUUUCAGAUGGAAAAUGCCAAAAAAUUACAUCAGGAUGAGAAGCUGAUGUUAAUGAACAAUAUCACAACAAAUGAACGAUUGAUCCAGAAUCUCCAAGAGCACUUGAAAGUGUUACAGAUGGAAAAUGGGAAGCUACAGCUGGAUGUGUACCGGUAUCAGAAAAACCAGACUAACCUUCAGAGGAAAUUUUCAUAUGAUCUGUCCCAGUGUGCCAAUCAGAUGAAAGAGUUAAAAGAACAAUGUGAAGAAAGGAUAGGUGAGAUCACAAAAAAAGACAGUGAAGCACCACAGACUAAGGAACGCAAAGACGUCACAGAUAAUCCCAGUAAAAAUUUCCAGGUUAAUAUUCAGUUGCCAGCCUUUAACCAACUGGAGGUUCAGCAGAAUGACCUGGAACAGCAGAAAAAAGAUGAAGAAGAGAAGAGCAAAAUUCCUGGAAUCUUAUCUGGAGAAGUACCAAAAUCAACACUUAAUGUGAAAAACGCAUUUGAAAAUGAUUCUCAUAGAAAUAAAGAUGGGACAAAUGAUCUGGUUACCAUCAGUAAGCAGGAGGUGAAAGCAGAAGAUGAGAAACUUUCCAUUGAUCAGGGACUUCCACAGGAUUCAGCAAAGGCUACAGUAGAUCAUGAGGAACUACCUCCUGAACCAGGAAAAGAAUCAAAUCCAUAUGAAGUGGUAAAAAAUGUAGUUGAAGACGGUGCAGAAGAACAGGAGUCAUUCCGCGUGCAAGAACUGCCAGCCGGCCAGGCUACUAACCAAGAAAAUGUUGCCAAUGAGGAAGUGGAGAGGGAGCACCUUUUAAAUUAUGAUGCUCAGCUGGAUGACCAGGGGCCUAGUAAGGAUGACAAACAGAGACCUGAAGCAGUCAACCAGAACAAAGGAAUUGACUACAACUUAGAUGAGAAUGAGGCUGAAUCUGAAACGGACAAACAGGCUGCACUUGCAGGCAAUGAACAUAACUUGCAUGUGCCAAACUCUGAUCAGAAAGUGAAAAGCCACUUCCUUGGGCAAGCUGAAGAGGAGCAACAGAAGCUGUGAAUAAGGAAGCUCGUCUCAUGCAAUUCAGUUGCCUUCUAGCAAAUGCAGAGCCAAGGCAGUUGAGAAGGCUUGACUGUCAUCUCCUCAAGACUUUAAGAACCCCAAAUAAAGUAGAUAACUGUUGUGAAAUCUUAGUCCUUUGUUGGUUAAAACAAUACCUUCUCUCUCUCCUGAGGUUUGUUUUUCAUGCAGUUUUGACCUCUGUAACAAAACGGGCUCUCUCUUUCUGGUUAAAAAUCUAAAUGAACUAGCAAUAAUUGUAGUAAUACUUUCAAACAAUAAACCAAAUUGUACACUCAUACCACAGUGACACUGUUUAACCCCCUCCUCCCCCCCCAUGCUUAUCUAAAUCACUCUAAGGUUUGCUGUACUAUGGAUGAGGUAGUGUACAGACAGAAAAACUAGCUUUAAAUGAGUUAGUUUAUGUACUUGGAAGUAGCUUAGCCCUAGCAGCACAGAGCUUGAUACCAGCUAAUUCACCCUGCCAAGAAGGAGAGAGAGGGGUCUUCUAGCCUGCGCUGCUCUCCAUGAUGUGAUGGUAGAGUGCUUCCAGCAUCAGACCCAGCUUGGUUGGGUCUCUCUCAUGACACUGCAGUAUAGAUAUGCUAGUUAUAUCUUGAAUCCAUACUUGUCCUUCAAUGUUUAUCUAUAAUACUUUUCUCUUGUACCUAAUAUUAUCUGCCUGUUUACAGAAUCUCCACCAAAGCUAGAAGACUUGGCCUGACCCCUCAAACUUUUUCUUGGCUUUUUUUUAAUCCUUUUAUGAGAUCUGUUCCCCAUACACAAAAUUGGUACUUCCCAAUGGAAAGUCACUUAAGAGUAGUGCUGGAAUCACAUUAGCUAGGCAAUCAGGAUGAAGUGGCAUUGACCUAUAUGGUUCAUUUUACUAGAAGGAUUUGUCUUGUCAGAUUUGUAGGCUUCUAAAGCUACUUAUCACCUCUGAGGGAGGGUCUGAACAGUUGUGCCAUGUAUACCCUUCACUUCACCCAUGUAGUAUUCCCUGCUGCAGAGACUGGAAAGUCGCAGGCUUUACUUAAAACAAAAGAACUUGCCAAGCAUCUUCUUCGCAGGGUAACUAAAGCCAUUGUGCAGUUAGAAGGCAUGAUUAUAAAAAGCCCCACAAGUGACCCUUAUGUAUAUUGUGAAGUGCUGCUUUAUGCACAACAUACCUUAUUGCCACUAAGUUUUAAUAGUCUUUAUUGUAGGUUGUUGAACGUGCUCAUUGUGAUAAAACAUACAAUACCUCUUAAUAGUCAUAGUACUUAUGGGCGUCCUAGACCCUACUUGUUACAAGACCUGUUAGAAAGUAGUUCAAAUUGGAAAAGGUCCACAGCACUCUGAUCUCUUGUCAGAGCAUUAUUCAUACCUUAUCUGCGCUCCUCUGUUCUAUGCCAUGUUUCACUUGCGUGCUUCACUAACAGCAGGGAGCCUAAUGGGCUUUGGCUCUUGGUAUAUAUGGUUGCCUGCAGAAGCCUGUGGGCUGUAGCUUAGCAUUUUGCAAUCCAAAAAGAAAAGCAUUUUAAACCAACCUGUGUCUGUUAAGUCUAAGCAUUUGUAUCCAUUUGUGUCUGUACACUUUGUUUCAAUGAAGAAAGGGUAGUGGGCAUGACUUAACUGUGCAAUCAUUUGUACAAUAUAAGAAAAUUAUAUUUUGAAGCAAGGGAAAUCUGAUUCAUAAUUGUAUUUUAAUGCACUUUAUUUCCUUAUCAGUGAUGUACUUCAUGUCUUCUUUUUUAGCAAUGCUGUAUCACAGUACCAGGAGUAGAGCUACAGUAACUAGAGAGCUCUAGUGUAUGACUCGAAGGUUUUUAUUUUACAAUUAAGAAGUAAUUGUCCAUCUGGUAAAUGAUGCAGCACUCGGUUAAGAUUCAGUAAGCCUGGCCUGUUAUAUAAACCACAAAUGCACACUUGACAAGUUUCUUGAAGUGUUCUAAGAAAGGAACUAUUCUCCUCUAGCCUUCAGUACACAAUACGUUGUAAUACAGACACAGAGCAGUAUUACACUCCAGAAAAAUUUUCUCUCAGUGUAUUGAAUCAUUUUUGCAGGAAUACUUUGUCAGAAUUAGAGAAGGAGGAACGCAGACUUAAGCAUGGAUUGAUAAAGUUAGGAUAUAAUGCCUUUUGUUUUAUUAAUAAAAGUUGUUAUGGUCCUACCAUUUCAAUCAUUUUGGACUGUUGUAAGCCACACUGCUUACACAGCUUCAAAAAUCAACAUUAAUGAUGAUUCACUCAACCACAACCUAUUAGGUGAGGGUCAAGUCAUCUAAUCCAGUUUUUUUCUACAUUAUAGGAAUAGAGUCCUAGUCUACUUUCAUAUUUAUUUUCACGCAGGUACGCAAGUCAACUGCAGCCGUAAUAAUUGGACGUUAUGCAAAAUGCAAAACUGUUUUGGAAACUAACUUCUGCAUAAAAUUUUACUUAUUGGGUGCGUCUACACGUUUAUUAAUGCGCAUUAAAUUCAGUUCCUCUAUUGUGAGGUACUAGGAAAAGUGCAUUAGUCUAUUUAAAUGUGCAUUAGCAAAAGUGCAUGUUUUUUUUUUUGUGAUGCUUUAAUGCGCAUUAAAAUAGGCUAAUGCACAUUAAAGCGCAUGUGUAGAUGUGCCCAGUGAGCAUUACAUUCUAACCAAGUAGAAGGUACUGUAUAGAGUGAUCUCAAGUUGAACAGAUGGUUCUCGACUUUGAUGUGGUUGGUAAAACCUGGAUUUAAAGAAAUGUAUAUACUGUUUCAGUUGUCUUGUAAAACUAGUCUCUCUUGGCUGUAGGAAUAACCCCAAAUAAAAUGAAGUCAGUUAAGGAUUGUCAUAUGUAACUAUUUUUCAAGGGCAAGAAUCCUGUAGCACAAAACAUAAUUACUAUACCUCAAUGAGGGUAAGAGUAUGAAAGCCGGUGUUCAAAAGGAAGCGAGUGUUUUGGCUUUAUCCCCAAAGCAAAAGUACAUCAAAUUAUGGGUUUUUAAAAUGGUUUUCAAAGGAUUUGUGGGAAGAAAUGAAUACUUGGAACUGUGAUUUUAAGUAGCUUUGUAUGUUGCCUAAAACAUUAAUUUGUAUUUGCUCAGAUGGGGAAGAGUCUUCUGAGCCAUUAUGAACUUGGGGGAAGUUGUGUUUAGUCUUUGUUAAAAAUACAUUUGUGCUUUUUUUUAACUGAAGCCUGAAUGAUUUUAGCUAAACCUUUUGAAAUAAAAACGAAAUCCUUCUCA